CCCCCGUGGUAUAGGGGUCCCAGUGCGGUGCUCAGCAUGCCCGUGCCCGUCCCCCGGGCGCUGCGGGCGGAGCUGUGGCAGGAUGUGAUGCUGCUGCGGGGCUGGGCCGAGCCUUUCGCCGCCCAGUGCUGCCCGGCCCUGGCCCCGAUGCCCCAAAAGAGAAGACGUGGCCGGCAGGCCCCAAGCAUGAGCAGCAGGAGAGUGAGAGCUUGGGACAGGCCUCCCCUGGCAGACACCGUGGCUGCCAAACUAAGGCCAGUGCCGGCAAUGAGCCCCAUUUUUCCAGCACUAGCACCAGCCAUGGUGUCCCCAGAGCUGGCCCUGGGGGACGAGGUCCCCACCCCAGAGACCUGGCGCCGGCGCUUCCGCGGCUUGCACUACCAGGCGGCCGCAGGGCCACAGGAGGUUUGCAGCCGCUUGCAGGAGCUGUGCCAGCGCUGGCUGGAGCCCCAGCGCCGCAGCAAGGAGCAGAUGCUGGAGCUGGUGGUGCUGGAGCAGUUCCUGGCCAUCCUGCCCCGGGAGAUGCAGAGCUGGGAGUGGGGACACGGCGUGGAGACCUGCGCCGAGGCCGUGACCCUUGCCGAUGGCUUUCAGCUGGGGCAGGCGGAGGACGAGACACUCCAGGUCACAGUGCACAUGAAGGUUGAGGAUGUGGCCUUGGCCAAGAUGGCACCCACUGGGACAUUGUGGGAUCCUCUCGACUCCUGUCUCGAGCAGCCUCAGCCCCAUCCUGUAGACAUGCCGCAGCAGGAGAUGGGAUGGGGUGAAACUCCAGGGCCCCAAGACAAGCUGCCUCAUAUCUCCAAAGAGGAGCCCCCACUUCAGCCGGAGUCAGGUCCCCCCGAGACAGAGAAGCCCUGGGACACAUUAGCAGAUGAAAGCUCCUGGGCCUCAUGCCCCAGACAAGACCCUUCCUCAGGUGCAGCGAAUGCAGCGAUCCCGAGCAAAGCUGAGGAGCAGCCUUAUGAGGAAGGGCCUGUAAUCCCAGAGUUGCAAAGGACAUCCCCAGAGGUGUUAGGGGAGAGGGGCUCCCUGACACCUGAGCUGGACCAGCUGCAGAAGGGGCAGGACCGGCCUCUUGAGGUUGAUCUUCCAAGGAUCCCGGCCAGCCCAGGCCAUCAGGAGUUUGCAUUCCCUCCUUGUACACCAGGGUCCAAUUCCUUUGCCCGUUCCUUGCUGGUCUUCAUGUCCAGUCCUGUGCCUGAGAUGGCAAGCAUGGCUGCAGCGGCCCAGACUCAGCGCCGGCUGACCUUUGAUGACGUGGCCGUGUACUUCACCCGGAAGGAGUGGGCGCUGCUGGACGAUGGAGAUAAGGCGCUUUACCGGGACCAGAUGCUGAGGAAUUACCAAGCCCUUGUUAAUCUAGGACAUCGAGGUCCCACCCCAGACUUAAUCUGCCGCAUCCAGAGAGGGGAGCUGGAGCUCUGGGUCUGUGGUGAUGAGGAUGCUCGAGAAAGCUCCUGGUCUAUGGGCUCAACCCCAGAUUCCUCUGGCAUGGAGGAGACCGACUCGUCAGCAGAGGAAGGCUCUGAGGGCUCGCUCCCAUGCCCCGAACCAUCUCCGGAUACAGCGGGUGCUGGGACAGACAGCAGAGCUGAGGAGCAUCCCCAUCAGGCACUAUCUGCAAAUGUGGAGCCGCUGAGGAUGUUCCCAGAGACACCAACCUUGCCCGAGACAGCGCGCACCGAGGAGAAGCCAAACCAGUGCCCGGAGUGCGGGAAGAGGUUCAGCCGGAUUCAGUCCUUGGUCACCCACCGCAUGAUCCACUCGGGAGAGCGUCCCCACCACUGUGCCCAGUGCGGGAAGCGCUUUGUGACCCACUCGCACCUGGUCAGACAUCAGCGUGUGCACACGGUGGCAGAGCCCGUGUACCGCUGUGCCGAUUGCGGGAAGACGUUCACCCAGCCCACCUACCUGGCCCGGCACCGCCACCGGCACCUCCAUGCUGGCGUGAAGCCACACAAGUGCGCUGAGUGCGGGAAGGCCUUCGCCGAGCUCUACCAGCUGGCUCGGCACCAGUUCGUCCACUCGGAGGAAAAACCGCACCAGUGCACCCAGUGCGGGAAGACGUUCACCCGAGCCUCCUACCUGGCCAGGCACCGGCACCGGCACCUCCACUCGGGGACAAAGCCGCACCAGUGCGCCGAGUGCGGGAAGCGCUUCAGCAGCCUGGAGAGCCUCAUCGGACACCGGAAGAUCCACUCCGGGGAGCGCCCCCACAGCUGUGCCGAUUGCGGGAAGAGCUUCAUUUACCCCUCGGACCUGUUCUGGCACCAGCGCGUGCACACGGGGGAACGUCCACACCACUGCGGGGACUGCGAGAGGAGCUUCGUGUACCGCUCUGAUCUGAUCCGGCACCAGCGCGUGCACACGGGGGAAAGGCCGUAUAGCUGCGGGGAAUGCGGGAAGAGCUUCAAUUGCCGCUCGGAGCUCCUCACGCACCAGCACGUGCACACGGGAGAGCGUCCGCACCAGUGUGGCGCGUGCGGGAGGAGCUUUGUGUACCGCUCGGACCUGGAAGUCCACCGGCGCAUCCACACCGGAGAGAGGCCGUACUGCUGCCAGGAGUGCGGGAAGAGCUUCCAGCAAGGCGGGGGGCUCACGGCCCACCAGCGCAUCCACACGGGGGAGAGGCCGUACAGCUGCCUGGAGUGUGGGAAGAGCUUCUACCACCGCGGGGGGCUUGCCGCCCACCGGCGCAUCCACACGGGAGAGAAGCCCUACCGCUGCGAGGAGUGCGGGAGGAGCUUCCGGCAGCAAGGGGCGCUCACCGUCCACCAGCGCCUCCACACCGGCGAGAAGCCUUACCGCUGCGAGGAGUGCGGGAGAAGUUUCCGCCACGCCUUGGGGCUCACUUUCCACCGCCGCUUGCACACCGGGGAGAAGCCCUAUCGCUGCGUGGCUUGCGGGAAGUGUUUCUCCCACAGCUCUGCCCUCACCGUGCACCAGAGGAGCCACACGGGCGAGAAGCCGUUCCACUGCGCGGACUGCGGGAAAAGCUUCGCCCAGCAGCAGAACCUGCAAACCCACCAGCGCGUGCACACGGGGGAGAAGCCCUAUGGCUGCGCUCAGUGCGGGAAGAGCUUCACCCGGCAGCAAAACCUCCAAGCCCACCAGCGCGUCCACACCGGGGAGAAGUCGUACCACUGCGGCAAGUGUGGGAAGAGCUUCUCCCGGCAGCAGCACCUCCAGGCCCACCAGCGGGUCCACACUGGGGAGAAGCCCUACCUCUGUGCUCACUGCGGGAAGAGCUUCAGAGAGAGCUCGACCCUCACUGACCACCAGCGCCUGCACACGGGGGAGAAGCCCUUCCGCUGCACUGAGUGCGAGAAGAGUUUUGUUAAUGCCUCCGCUCUCACCCGGCACCGGCGCAUCCACACCGGGGAGAAGCCCUACAGCUGCGUGGACUGCGGGAGAAGCUUCCGCUGGCAAGGGGUGCUCAUGGCCCACCGGCGCAUCCACACCGGGGAGAAGCCCUACGGCUGCGCUGACUGCGGCAAGAGCUUUCGCCAUGGCUCUGCUCUUACCCUUCACCAGAGAAGCCACAGGCAUGGGGAUAGGGAAAAGGUACAGCACUUGACCUCCCAUUGACCAGGCACUGGGUUUGCAUGGCCUUGGGGAUGGGCAUGCUCUCUCAGGACUCUCCUAACAAGCUGUGGUGGGGUUCAGGAGCUACAGCUAAAACCAAGGAGACAAGUGGGUUCAAGCGGACUCAGGUUUCUCUCAGGUCAGCUACCUAUUUUGCAACUUUCUCGGACACGUCUUCCAAUCCCACGGAUGCAGGUUGGGUUGGGAGUAUGAACCCAAGGCCUCUGCUACGCAUUGUAUCAAUUAUGCAAUUAACUGGUUAAUCCACAUGUGCAAAGUAAAUGUCACACUUCGUGCAAUAAAUUUAGCCCGGCCACACGUGCAAAGUAA